AAUUGUGCGUCAAACAUCCAGAUCCAGAAUCUCGUUGCACUGCAAUCCAAUCGCUCUGCAGCAGCUUUGGGGAAUCUUUGCAGCUCAUUCAACUGACACUUUUCCGCUCGAACGCUUUCGGGUGUCCAUUUCAGGAUGUUGGCAGGCGAAAGCUCUCGAAUCGAAGGCAGCAUGGUGGGCCUAAUGUGUGCCCACGGCGUGAUACUGGCCAGCAACUCGUUGGACUACGAAAUAUACCUGCUGGAUGACCGCAUUUACUGCUGCGCCCCGCGUUCCGGCAUCGAUCGGAGUAUAGUGUUGGAAGUGAGUGCCCAGGUGGAGUACCUAGCCAGAGAUCGCGGCCAGAAGCUGAGUGUGUCCCAGGUGAAGGACUUGUUGUGCGUAAGGUACGAGGACGAGGAGGUCGAUGACCCGGAUGUCCUGCUAGUGGGCCAGGACGACAAGGGCCUCCACCUAUACAGUCUACAAAAGCGUGGAUUGUCCUACAGGGUGAUAUUUGCCGCCAAGGGCAGAGACUCGGAGGACAUUGUGUCCUUUUUGACGCAGAACUGGACGGAGUCCAUGAACCUCAACGAGGCCGAACAGCUAGCUAGAAAAUCGCUCAAGUGGGCGCCCUCGGAAAUGUGCACCAUCUAUAGGGACAGAGAAAUGGAGGAUCAGGAUGGAAUCCUGGACGAGGGUGACGACAUGUCCGCCCAAUCGCCGGACAGCAGUUUCUAGAUCCAGCCACUUCACCCAUGUAGUAGCUAAUCGUAUCACUUUGAUUCACUUUGAUAUAAAUGAAUGGCGCCUCCCCUG